AUUACGCCAGUCGUCGACAAGAAAGUCCGCGGGACAGAACGAUCGCAUCUACACACUCCACAAGCAAAAUAAAACACAUUUUCUAACAUAGAAGAACCAAAAAGCAAACAUAACUCAUGGCAUUCAAAAUCAAAUAAUAAAAAAACAAUAAUUCACAAUAAUUAUUAAUUCGGUCAUAAAAAUGUAAAUUAAAUGCAUGUAUGAUAAUAACGUUGCUCGCAUCAACAGAUAAUAAAUAGUGUGUGAUUUGACAGUUCGAUUUUCCAAAAUGGACGCCAAUGGCGGCGUAGCAAUAUGCUUUUUCUUUGCUUUCUGCACACGGUAUGUGGAAUCACAGAGCUACUUUAGAAUGGGAACUAACACUAACGCGGCUGAAGCAAUGCAGUUCCUUCGGGAAUACGACCGGGAAGCGUCCGGCAUGUGCUAUCGAGUAACAAUGUCGCAAUGGAAAUUCGUGACAAACAUAACAGAAUACAACAGGAGAAGAAUGGUGGAGGAACUGGCCAUCAGUUCGAAGUUCGAGCGACUGUCGUGGAGGAAAGCGGCCGCCUUCGACUCAACAAGGCUAUCUGAUCAUCAAAGCAGGCGGCAGCUAGCCAAGAUUGUUCAGAGUAGCCGAGCUGCUUUGAGCGAUGAAAAGUUUACAGAGCUCCAACAAGUAAUAUCAGAAAUGAAAGAAAUCUACAACACAGCAAAGAUAUGCCCAUACGGUCAAAAGCCAUAUGACCCGCACAUUCCUCGAGCGCCGUUCCAAGGUAGUGACUUUCAAGACCUGCCAAUCCAGGGUUACCAGCUGGCUAACCAGCCCUACCAGCAUUACCAAGCUUAUACUGAAUCUCAAGAGUACCCGAACUACUGUGACAUGCAACUAGAUCCUGAGAUAACUAGAAUUCUGGCACAUUCGAGAAUUGAGAGCGAGCUGCUAUACGUCUGGAGGAGUUUUAGAGACAAAACUGGUCCCAAGUUGAAGAAUCGGUUCAUGAGAUACGUUCAACUGGCGAAUCAAGCUGCUGUUGCCACUGGCUACAGAGACGCCGGAGAUCAGAUGCGCUCGACAUACGAAGACCAGACCUUCAGAACGAGUGUAGAGGAGAUCUACAACCAAGUGUCCCCGCUAUACAAGCAAUUGUUCACUUAUGUAAGAAGAAGACUGGUGCAGCGGUACGGAGAGACAAGCGUGCGAGCUGAUGGACCCAUCCCCUCACAUUUGUUAGGUAACAUGUGGGCGCAAAACUGGAAAUCGAUCAUGGACCUAGUGAUGCCAUUCCCUCAAGCACCUAACGUGGACGUCACGUCUGAGAUGCUGCGACAGGGGUUCACGCCUCUGAGAAUGUUCCAAAUGGCGGAAGACUUUUACACGUCGAUGGGCAUGAAGCCAGCCCCUCCAGAGUUUUGGCGCAGCUCUAUGUUGGCUCGACCUCCUCAGCGCAGCGUCCAGUGUACUGCCAGCGCAUGGGACUUCUGCAAUAGGAUCGAUUAUAGGAUCAAACAAUGCACAGAAGUAACGAUGCAAGACCUGAUAUCAACUCAUCAUGAGAUGGCGCACAUACAGUACUAUCUUCAGUACGCGGACCAGCCUCAACUGUUCAGGGAUGGGGCAAAUCCUGCAUUCCAUGAAGCUGUAGCAAACGCUGCAACGCUUUCUGUAUACAACCUUCCGCAUUUGCAGCGAAUUGGACUCUACCAAAAUAAAACCCACGAUCCUUAUGAAGUUAGCAUGAACUUCCUGAUGACAAUGGCCCUUGAGAAAGUUGCCUACCUACCCUUCGCGUUUAUGGUGGACCAGUGGCGUUGGUCGGUGUUUGAAGAAGGAGUACAGAACAUGAACCAUCGAUGGUGGCAAAUGAAGCUUCGGUAUCAGGGCGUCAUACCACCAACUCCAAGAUCUGAAGCGGACUUCGAUCCAGGAUCCAAAUACCACGUGAUCUCUGACCAAGAAUAUAUCAAAUACUUCCUGGCGACGGUGCUGGAGUUCCAGAUCUAUGAGCAACUGUGCCUGGUGUCUGGACACCUCGGUCAGCUGUUUGAGUGCGACAUAUAUAGGAGCAGAGAGGCGGGGAGACUUCUCAGUGAAAUUAUGCAGCCUGGGUCUUCUAAAUCGGCUUCAGAUAUCAUCAGAACUAUGACAAGGGGGAAAACUAACAGGAUAUCACCAGAAGCUUUGGUUAAAUACUUCCGACCCCUGGAAUUAUGGCUACGUGUUCAAAAUCGAGACGAACCGCUUAUAGGAUGGAGUUCAAAUUACCACGACGUCGCUCUCUUCUCGCAGCAAUCGGAUGGGACCUCCAACAAAGCCUACUCUCUCAGACUAUUGUUAAUUUUAACCAUUUGUUAUAACAUUUUGAAAUAAAUUUAUUUGUACAUUA